AAUCAGCCAAUAGGAGAGCCCCGUUUGGCCACGUCGGACGCGCAUCACAUUUCCUUUGGGCCUCGCGUCAAAUGUUCGAAAUCUCGGCCCGAUAAUGUUCGAAAUCUCGGCCCGAUAAUGUUCGAAAUCCGGAAGCCCGGAUAGUCCAUGACCCGGUGAAGCUUCCUGGUCGAUUAUCGAUUCCCCUUCUCUUCUCUUUUUUGAUCUGCCGAUCCCAUUUCUCUUCGUCUUCUCCGUUCACUACGUUUCGCAGAUCUUUAUCGCGGACAUUAAAUUUACUCCCCACUCUUCUGAGUUCUAAUCUCAUUAAUGGAUCGUUAUCGCUUUCUCCGUCCGCGGAUCUAUAUAGAUCUCUUAAUCUGUGUAUUUUUUUUUGGAUCUAGAACUGUUCUAUCCUUUCAACUGCUACUUGCGAUGAAGGUGUCCGGCGUUUCUGACUCAGAGAAAAUGACAGGCGAGACGGCGAUCCCCUCCGAUUCCGUCAAUCCCAUCUCUCAAUCCGGUGUCUCUUCCGGCGAUAACGGUCCGACGAAAUCUAGAUGUGGAAUGGCCGAUUCAAAGGGUACGAGCAAAUCCGGCCCUCAGUCCGGCAUAACAUCCGGCGUUGAUAAACCGGUGAAAUCCAGAGGUACGACUGCUGAAACCCAGAGGCCGAUCAGAACACACGGCAGGACUGGUGGUUCCUCCGGCCCCGUUAUCGGCGUUAGAGGGAGACCAUCUGUCUCAGCAAUCGACAAGGGCAAAUCAAUCGUCAGCGACGACGUAGGGAAGGUUAUAACCUUCAAAGACGUGAAAUUCGGGCCACAUGAAGACGAGAUACGGUUUCGACUGAUCCAUUUUUGGGAAGCUUGGAACGUUCAGACGAAGGUUCUUAUCGGCAUCGAAAUGCUUCUCAUCGAUGAAGAGGCGAGUGUAAUCCAAGGUUUCAUCUCUUAUGGAAGGAUUGAGACCUAUCUGCCUCACAUGAAAGCUGGUUGUACGUACCGGCUCAACAAGUUUUACGGAUCAAAGAGCAAGACAGUGUACCGGAUUGCUGACUCGGAUGUCACUAUUAGCUUCUCAUGGAACUCUGCUCUAACUGCUCUCGAGGACAGCUCAAUCUGUUUCCCUGAGGAUCGGAUCCGUAUUCAUGGAUUCAGGGAGUUCGAUGGUGCUUCCGACUUGAAAGGUGAUCUUUAUGAUUAUAUUGGCCAUAUCAAGCUUGUGAAUGGGAAGGUUCCCACUGACAGCAUAUUGCUUGAUGAAGGUGAGAUAGCUGUGUCUCGGCGAGUUGAGCUUCACGUCCAGACACAUGACGAUCCUGUGAUGAAGUUGUACCUCUGGGACAAGGCGGCCUUUGAGUUCAUUGAUAAGUUUAAAGCAUCUAGAGGCACUGCCCGUGUUAUUUUGGUCACCACUUUAAACCCGAAACGGUUUGGAGGUGUUCUGUCUCUAUCGGCAAUGGCGUCCUCACGUGUAUUUAUGGAUAGUGAUAUCCAAGAAACACUCUCCUACCUCAGCUGGUUGAACUCUAAUUUGGACGUUGCCAGUAGGGUUAAUGCAGAGGUGAUUACCAAGCCUGAGCCAGCGACAUUGGGAGAACUUUUUGCUUAUAUGAACCAGGCGUCCUCUAAGGUUGCUUGGUUUGAGUGCACAGCAACUAUUGAUGAUGUUGUGCACGGGUCUGGCUGGUACUAUAUAGGUUGCGGUGUGUGCCAUACCAAAGCAACCAAAGGGCCCACAACGUUAAUGUGUAAGAAAUGCGGGAAGAGUGAGAUUGUUGGUGUGGCGCAGUACUUGACGAGACUCUCUGUGUAUGACAACAAUGAUCAAGCCGUGUUUGUUGUCCUCGGUGAUGCCGGUGAGGAGUUGACUGGAAAGAAAGCAAGCGAGUUGGUUGAGAAAUACUAUCAGGUCAAUGACAAUAUUGAAGGCGAUCAUAAGGUCCCAGUUCCUCAGGCUAUGAUUGAUACUAUUGGACAGACGCGAAAGUUCAUUGUGAAGGUAUCAAAACACAAUCUGGACGCUAAGACUCAGACUCUGACUGUGACAAAGGUGCUCCCACCCGAUGCCGCAGGACCUGAGGACAAUUUAGAAGGGGAUGUUGAUGUAAUAGGUGAUGCGGAAGGAGUAGGUAAUGCAGCUGAGUUUGGAAAAAGGGGUGCUGAUGAGAUAGAGUCUGAGGGUGUGAAGCGUGCCAAAUGUGGCUAAUGAAGUAGCCUUGACUUCAUUUGCUUCUUCUUUUUUUUUGUGUGUUUUCCUUUUUUUUUUUUUGUUUGAGACAUCCUUUUUAUCUUUGGUUUCCUCUGCAACAUUAUACCAACCAUUGGUUAUUAUCUCUUUUUACUAACAUAAACUAUUAAUA